AUGUUUACUUACAUUAAAGUGGAAUUGAAUGUGACGGAGAAUGUGAUUUUGAAACGGUCGUCGAAAAUUGGCCCAGAAGGAAUUUCUGUUUCCGAUGCGUCUACUAGAACAACAUCAUCUCUAGAAGCGUACAAUGGCGAAGAGUUCACAAAGAGCCGCGAUUUUGAACAAUUUGCCAAUAGUGGAGGGUCCUUUGGAAAAAUUAAAAGAAGAAAGACUAACAUCGACAGAUCUACGAAAAUAAAAAAAGCUGUCGAUGAACUCAAAAAGGGAGUUAUAACAGCAUCCACAUUCCUAAACAGAAUGGUUUUUCCUCAAAACCAAACAUGCACUGAGAUGGAACCGGAAGAGGAUAUGUUUGAAGAUAUAAUCUAUUUGGAGGAAGAGAUAGAUGAAGACGAUAUGGAAACAUCAAAAGAGGCAAGCAAACAUGAAAUAAAGUUUUGUGUUGUUUGUAUUACAGAAGAUCCAAAUAUACUAUGUUUGCCCUGUAAACAUUUAAAAAUUUGUAAUGGAUGUGCCUUAAAAUUACAAGCUCAAGCUAUUUCUGAUAAUGAAGAGUUCAAUUGCCCAGUUUGUCGUCAGCCUGUUGCGGAAACUAUGCAAGUUUUUUUGUUUUUAAAAGUAAACGAACGGAAUCCUCUAACUUCCAGUGAUAAUUUGUACAAAUUAUCAAGUACGCGAACACAAUUAAUGUGUCAAAAGAAAAAACUGUUAAAGAAAAAUGGAAAGAGUUUUUAA